AUGACUCAAUCCGCUUCUAAUCCCACGCGUAGUGCGGUUCUGCACCGGGAUAGCCAAUUUAUUCCUAAAAAGGCUAUCGGUGGUAAAGGAAGUUACAUUCUUCUUGAAGAUGGUACAAAGUUCCUCGACUCAACCGGCGGUGCUGCCGUCGCAUGCCUCGGCCAUGGCAAUGAGACCGUUCAACAGGCUAUCAAAGACCAAAUGGCCCAGAUAUCCUACUGCCACUCUGCAUUUUUCGGAACAGAUGUUGCCGAGGAGUUGGCACGGCUGUUAGUUGAUUCAACUGGAGGCAAGCUAUCCAAGCUAUUUGUAGUCAGCUCCGGUUCCGAGGCCGUCGAGGCUGCAUUGAAACUUGCGCGUCAAUAUUUUCUCGAGCUACCUAGCCCCCAGCCCCAACGCGAGCGCUUCAUCGCUCGCUUGCCUUCUUACCACGGCACUACUCUCGGCGCAUUGGGUGUUGGAGGGCAUAUCCUUCGAAGAGAGCCUUUCGAGCCCUUGCUAGUGAAAAAUACAUCACAUGUAUCACCGUGCAAUGCAUACCGUGGCAAAAACGAGGGCGAGUCUGACGCCAGCUAUGUGGCCCGCCUUGCAGCCGAGCUAGAUGCCGAGUUCCAGCGAGUUGGUCCGGAGACUGUGUGCGCAUUCAUCGCGGAGCCUGUAGUCGGAGCUGCCCUUGGAUGUGUUCCAGCGGUCCCAGGAUACUUCCCUGCCAUGAAAGCCAUUUGUGAGAAAUACGGGGCUCUGUUAAUCUUGGAUGAGAUCAUGAGUGGCAUGGGCCGAUGUGGAACUCUUCAUGCCUGGGAACAGGAAGACGUUGUCCCGGACAUUCAAACCAUAGGCAAAGGUCUUGGUGGAGGCUAUGCUCCAGUUUCCGGGAUCUUGAUCAACGACUCAAUUGUACAGGUUCUGGAUAAGGGAACGGGUGUGUUCCGGCAUGGACAAACCUACCAGGGCCAUCCAGUCUCUUGUGCUGCUGCCUUGGCGGUACAGAAGACGAUUCAAGAACAGAACCUUUUGGCAAAUGUGCGGAAUAUGGGAGCGUACUUGGAGCAACAGCUUCGCCAGCGUCUUGGCGACCAUCCAUAUGUUGGAAAUAUUCGAGGCAAAGGAUUAUUCUGGGGGAUUGAGUUCGUUAAAGACAAAACUACGAAAGAGCCGUUUGAUCCGGCGACUCGGCUAUCUUUUCUCAUGCAGGAAAAGGCUCUAUGUUCGCAGUAUGCUCUCUCACUAUAUGGCAGUCUCGGAACGGUGGAUGGGGUUCGGGGUGAUCAUGUGCUGCUGUCACCUCCCUUUACUGUUUCAAAAGAGGAAAUCGACCUCAUUGUUGAUGGUGCUGCGGAGGUGCUGGCGGAAGUCCUCAAUGAGCUGGGGCUGUGA